AUGAGUGUGCAACAUAAAAGUUCUGAGAAGGACUUAAAGAUCAAAGGAAUUGAAGAGGGAAUCACACUAGGAGAUAUGAAUGUGAAAAUCGAGGCAAUGAAGAACAUGCAAGGCCCAUUUCUGUUUGCAAUACUCUUCAUGUGCUUUUCUGUUUCAAGUUGCCUGCGUGCUAGAAUGAGACCUCCUGUUAAUCUUACUUUCAAUGUACUUGAUUACGGUGCUAUUGGGAAUGGCCAAACUGAUGAUUCGCAAGCUUUUCUCAAAGCAUGGAAGGAUGUUUGUGAAGCAACGCAGGGCAGUCUAACUCUCUUAAUACCCAACAACAAAACCUUCAUGCUGCAACCUGUGAUUUUCAUGGGUGAGUGCAAGUCUUCAGCUAUUAACGUCAAGAUUGAAGGAAGCUUGAUUGCACCAAGAGAAGUGAGUGAUUGGAAAUGGGAAAGAGGGGAUGAGGGUAGAUGGAUACAUUUCAGUGACAUAAAGGGGCUUCUUGUGGAUGGAAGAGGACUUGUUGAUGGCCAGGGUGCCCCCUGGUGGGACUGUUUUCAUGAAUCCAGAUGCAAGAGGCCUGACGUAAGUUUGCUGAGUUUUCACAGGUGUGAAAAUCUACAACUGAAGGUGCUUACUCACAUAAAUGGUCCAAAAGUUCAUAUUCACUUAGAUGACUGCAACGGGAUACACCACUCCAAUUUGCAUGUUGUUCCGCCUCAGGAUAGCCCAAACACUGAUGGGAUUGAUAUCUCCACAACAUCCAACAUGAUCAUUCAGGAUUCCAACAUCGAAACCGGUGAUGACUGCAUUGCCAUUAAUGAGGGCUUAUCUUUCAUUAACGUUACUGGUGUUUAUUGCGGACCUGGUCAUGGCAUCAGCAUUGGGAGCCUCGGAUCAAAGAGGUCUCAUGCAACAGUGGAAGACAUCCACGUCCGAAAUUGUACCUUCACAAGAACUUCAAAUGGAGCCAGAAUCAAGACAUGGAAGAGAGGCUCUGGAUAUGCCAGAAGGAUCACAUUUCGGAGGUAUGUGGGACUACAUGAAGUAACAGCAGUGGAAGUUAGUGACAUUACAUUUAGGAAUUUUGGCGGAACUUCAGCUUCUGAGGAUGCAAUUAAAUUGGAGUGCGACGACAGCAGAGGUUGCACGGACAUAGUGUUGGAAAAAAUUAAUAUAACUUCUUCUGAUCUUGGAAAAACCACCCAUGCAUCCUGCGAAAAUGCUCGUGGUACAAGUUCUUCAUCCAAUGUUCCUGAUAUAGAUUGCCUUCAAUGGUGA